CUCCAGCAGCCGCCGCCGCUGCACGAGCGUCUCUUCAGCCGCCUCCUGCAGCGGCCCCUCUCCUUGAGCCCGCGGCUGCGAGCGGGGCGAAGCCCGCGGUGCCUGCCGACCCCGCCGCCAGCCUUGUCCCGCUAGGGAAACACCCAGCAGGGCCGCAGCUCUGCAAGGUUCCCCCCUCCCCCCAAAAUAACCCCCCCCCCCGGAGCCGCGAGCUUUGCAGAAGCGGACACCAUUUUGUGGCUAGCGGCUUCCUGACUGGGCGAGCCGAGGACUGCUGCAUACGGAAGGGCUCUCGCCCGGCGCCAGGGGAACCUGUUGGGCACCGCCACAGGAGCGCUCGCAGCCCAGCCCAGCUGCGGCACUUUGCACUGGAACGGGGGCUUGCGGCAGCCUCGCUGCAAUUCGCCCGGCUGCAGCAGUAGCAGCAGCAGCCGCCGUCCCUGAGAGGAGGAGGGAAUUUGGACCUGGUGCUGCAACAGCAACCGCCCCCCGGGGUGGUGUAGGAGCCCGGGGUUUGCACCGUGUGCAUCGCCGUCUCUGGGCGGAGAACGAGAUCUGGACCUUUGCUGCAGCAGGAGGAGGUGAAAGCUGGGGUGGUCCCCCCCCCGCGGUAGGAUAGGACCAUGCUGCGCUCGAUGCAACUCCCCUGCCCUCCUCUCCGCUGAGCCUGGCCGUGUUGGGGCGAGGAUGGAUACUUGCCUGCUUGUUCUCACUUCUCACGAAAGUAAGCCUGCUGUAAAUGGAGGAGGACAUUGAUACCCGCAAGAUAAACAACAGUUUCCUGCGCGACCACAGCUAUGCAACAGAAGCUGACAUUAUCUCUACAGUAGAAUUCAACCACACAGGAGAAUUACUAGCGACAGGGGACAAGGGGGGUCGGGUUGUAAUAUUUCAACGUGAGCAGGAGAGUAAAAAUCAGCCCCAUCGUAGGGGAGAAUACAAUGUUUACAGCACGUUCCAGAGCCAUGAACCCGAGUUCGAUUACCUGAAGAGUUUAGAGAUCGAGGAGAAGAUCAAUAAAAUACGAUGGCUCCCGCAGCAAAAUGCAGCCUACUUCCUUCUCUCCACCAAUGAUAAAACUGUGAAGCUAUGGAAAGUUAGUGAACGAGAUAAAAGACCAGAGGGCUAUAAUCUUAAAGAUGAAGAUGGCCGCCUCCGAGACCCCUCCAUGAUUACAAUGCUACGGGUCCCUGUACUAAGGCCCAUGGAUCUAAUGGUGGAGGCUACUCCCCGAAGAGUAUUUGCCAAUGCGCACACAUAUCACAUCAACUCCAUAUCCGUAAACAGUGACUAUGAAACCUACAUGUCAGCUGAUGACCUGAGGAUAAACUUAUGGAACUUUGAAAUAACCAAUCAAAGUUUUAAUAUCGUAGAUAUAAAGCCAGCCAACAUGGAGGAGCUAACGGAGGUGAUCACUGCGGCAGAAUUCCAUCCACACCACUGCAACACCUUUGUGUACAGUAGCAGCAAAGGGACAAUAAGGCUAUGUGACAUGCGGGCAUCUGCCCUUUGUGACCGACACUCCAAAUUUUUUGAAGAGCCUGAAGACCCAAGUAACAGAUCAUUUUUUUCUGAGAUCAUCUCCUCAAUUUCUGAUGUUAAAUUCAGUCACAGUGGAAGGUAUAUCAUGACCAGGGACUAUCUCACCGUCAAAGUAUGGGACCUGAACAUGGAGAACAGGCCUAUUGAGACAUACCAGGUACACGAUUACCUCCGAAGCAAGCUGUGCUCGCUCUAUGAGAAUGACUGCAUCUUCGAUAAAUUUGAAUGUGUGUGGAAUGGGUCUGACAGUGUCAUAAUGACUGGCUCCUACAACAAUUUCUUCAGAAUGUUUGACCGCAACACCAAGCGUGAUGUAACCCUGGAGGCCUCUAGGGAAAACAGCAAACCUCGGGCCAUACUCAAGCCCCGCAAAGUGUGUGUUGGGGGCAAACGGAGGAAAGAUGAAAUUAGCGUGGACAGUCUGGACUUCAGCAAAAAGAUCUUGCAUACAGCUUGGCAUCCUUCAGAAAAUAUCAUUGCAGUAGCUGCAACAAAUAACCUGUAUAUAUUCCAGGACAAGGUUAACUAGGAGGACAAGUUAUUCUUUAGGAAUCUCAUGUACAGAAUAUUAGUAAACAAGUUUUAAAAUGUUUUUCUUUUCCCUACUCCCUGUUCAUUUGUUUAAUUAUUCCUCUGCAGAUAAUGUGUAGAGGCAUGCAAACAGAUUCCAAUAUCCCCUACCUCCCACUCACCUUAAAGCAAUGGGUUGGCAAACUCAGUAGGUACUGGUAUCAUGGUUUUGUUUAUUUAUUUUAUUUUAUUUUUUUUAAAGAAUUGAGAGCUAACAGAUGUAAUGAUCCCUUCAAUAGCUGGCUUGGAUUUCUGAUGCUUUUAUUACAUCCAGUACUCUUUGGUGGUUCCUAGUGUUGUUUGGUUCUAGACGUCUGCUGGUUUAAAUUGAGGUUAUUACUGUAGUAUGGUAUUUAAAAAUGCAAUUAAGGUCAGAAAAGAAGGUGUGUGUGUGUGUGUGUGUUUUGUUUCUAAUUAAGCAAUUCCAGGGUUCUUUUAGUAUCAUUUUGAGAUAUUCCACUUGCAGAAUGAUGUUGCCCUUGCCAAUGUUUUUUUUAAAUUUGCCUUUUUUCUCCUACAUUUCUCUUCUCUCUUUCCCCUCCCACCCCCUGUGGAGACAGCGAAACCAAACAUAAAAUGGAAAGAUCAGAUUUGCAGUGGACAGGUUUAAGAUUGGUGGGGAGGGGGAGGUAGGAGGGAAAGAUCAACUGUACACUCUAAUCAAGGCUGCUACCUUCCUUCUUCGCAUCCCACAGAAACUCUUAAGGAUUUGGCUCUAGAUACUGUGGUGCCUUUUUUGGUAUAUGACAUACCUUUAUAAAUAAUGCUUCCAAAAUGCAUCUAUUGCAAAUCAAAAUUAAUCUGGGCUUUUCAUCUGCAUUUCCUGUGUUUUGCUUUGGUCAUUUUUAAUUGUUCUGUUUUACUCUCUUGCAUGUUAUGACUGAGUCUCGCUCUUCCUUUUUUU